AAGCAACAACCCAAUGGUACCUAAGUACUCGAUCACAGACAAUCAUGGAUUGAGAAUCCUCCAACAAGACAACAGGUGCCGAGGCACUUUAGGCUACCUAAACCUGGAUGCCAGUGACAGGUACCGAAACCCAGGGGGGUUUUCCCUCGUUUCCACGAACCUCAAAUCGGAUACUCGCAUCAAUUCCCCCUGCGUCGGGGUGCCUACCUACCUAGAUCAUAUGCUAUCUCGCAACACCUCUGCCGAAUCAGCAUGAAGAUCGCGGGCAGGACAUUCGUAGUUUCUGGUGGUGCCUCCGGCCUUGGCCAAGCCUGCGUCGAGGAGAUCUGCCGCCAGGGCGGGCACGCCGCGGUUCUGGACGUGAACGAGGAGAACGGGGCUGCCGUAGUCCAGUCUCAGCCUGCGGGCGCCGCGCGCUUCUUCGCCUGCGACGUCCUCGAGGCGGACAGCGUUACCGCCGCCGUCGACGGCGUCGCCGCCUGGGCUCGGGAAACCCGCAAGCCCCUUGGCGGUGUCAUCCCCGCUGCUGGCGUUGGGAGCCCGGCCACUAUCCUCGACCGCGACGGUGCCCCCUUCGACAUGGACACCUUCAACUUCGUGGUCGACAUCAACCUGCGCGGUACCGUCGACCUCGUGCGUCAGUGCGUCGCCUACCUCGCCAAGGCCGACCUCGACGGGAACCCCGACGGCGAGCGCGGAGUCGUCGUCAUGGUCUCCUCCGUCGCUGCCUACGACGGCCAGCGCGGCCAGGUCGCCUACGCCGCGAGCAAGGGCGCCGUGGCCUCUAUGGCCCUCCCCAUGGCCCGCGACCUGUCCCGCUACGGCGUCCGCUGCGUCGCCGUCGCCCCCGGCAUCUUUGACUCCCGCAUGACCGCCGCCAUGCCCCCAAAGCUGCUCACCGGCCUCGCGGCCGCCACCGAAUUCCCCCGCCGUGCCGGCCAACCCCACGAGUUCGCCCAGCUCGUCCGUCAGAUCAUAGAGAACCCGAUGCUCAACGGCACCGUUAUCCGACUAGACGGCGGGUUGAGGAUGCCGAGCAAAAUCUAAACGAAGAGGGAGGUGUAUUAGGUCAAUGCAAUCGUGUAGGGGUAGUCCAGCGUGAACAAACACUUCAUAUUUCGUCAACCGAACCAGUAGUUACAUUACAAAGGAGUAUGCGUCUUCAGAGGGUCGGAUUGCCACCACGAUCUGUAUACUCUAUAU